AUGUUUCAAGACCAAUUAUUUGUCAAUGAAUUUAAUUUGACGAAACAAGCUUAUAUCAAUCAAUAUCAUGCAAUGCGUUUUCUUCGUAAUUGGCAGCUAGAACCAAGUCAAGAUAGUUACAUCGCUAUUUCUUCAAAUAGAAACGAACAGAUACUCAAGAGAUAUGCUGGCGCUAGUUUUCAAUGUACCUGGUGUCAAAAUCAGUGGUAUAGCCGUAUUCAUUCAAGUAUUUUAUUUGAAUAUAAUUCAAGUUCACGAAAAAUUAAAUGGAGAUUAUUUGGUCAACAAUGCUGUCGCUGUCAACAGGACUUUCAUCUUCCCAUUUAUGGACAAGAAGCGAUCAACGAAACUAUUCGUUAUCUUAUUGAGAAAUUGGGUCAAAAAAUUCAUCAUAUUGAUUUACGUCCAAGAGAUCCAGAUCGACCAAUUAUUCUUCACAAUGGCAAUAGACACAGAGAAGAUGAUUUAACGUGCUUUUGUGAAGCGUGCGAACUUCGACGUCAAUAUUGUGAACAUUGA